AUGUCAGAUUAUAAUAGUAAUCUUUUAUUUGGAACUCAAGUCACAUAUGAAGACAAUGGUGAAAAUACUUUCGUUGGAUUUUCAAACGAACCAAUUGAAUCAAGCAACCCAUUUUUAGCACCACCACAACAACAAGAACAACAAGAACAACCAUCAUAUCCACAAGUUCAACAACAAUAUAGUAAAGAAAGAAUACCAGCAUCACAACCACCAUCAUAUAAUCCACCACAACCAACACAACAACAACAACAACAAACUAAUAAUAACGGAACAACAGUACAACAAAAACAAAGAACAUCACAAAACUAUCAACAACCACCACCACAACAACAACAACAAGUUAGUAAUAAUAGUAAUUUCCAAUCAAAUUUUAAACCAACAUUUACAACACCAGUUAAUCAAUUUAUUUCAAACUCUAGAACAAGCAUGGAUAUUACAGUUAAUUUCCCAGAUAUGGUAGGAGAAGGUAUGGGUGCCUAUGCUAUCUAUAAGAUCGUUACAAAAUCAGCCCUCAAUGAGAACCCAGAUUAUAAAAAAGAAGUUUCUGUAAAUCGUCGUUAUUCUGACUUUUUAUGGUUAAGAAAUGCUUUAAAAGAAACUAGAAAAGGUUGUAUCAUUCCACAAUUACCUGAAAAAGCUGUAUUAAAUAAUCGUAAUAAAGACUUUUUAGAACAACGUAGAAGAGAUUUAGAGAAAUUUUUAAAUAGAGUUGUUGAAAGUAAUUCAUUAGCACAAUCAAAUGAAAUAUUAACAUUUUUAGAAGGAUCAGAUGAACAAUUGAACGCAGCAAAACAAAGUAGACCAGAUCAAUCCAAUAUGGAAUCAUCAACCAUGUCACCACCACCAUCACAAGAAGGUGGUAAAAUGGGUAAGAUUUCAUCAUUCUUUGGUAAUUCAAUCUCUACUUUAACUCAAGGCGUUCACUCUGUUAAAGAGAUUGAUGGUUGGUUUGGUGAUAAGAAAAGUUAUAUCUUACAAUUGGAUUCAACACUACAUCGUUUAGAGGAUACAAUUAACAAUGUCAUUAGAAAACGUAGAGAGUUGGCCGCUGCAAUGGGUGAACUUACAUCUGCAGGUUUAUCAUUCUCCUCUUGUGAGAUUCCAGUUCGUCAAGAUAUCGCCAAUGGUUAUCAACGUUUAACCGAGGUUGAAAACAAUAUUAGACAGGGUAUGGAAGAUCUUUCAAACAAUGAACAAGGCUACUUUGAAGAGGGUAUCAGAGAUUAUCUUCGUGCAAUCUCAUCCGUUAAGGAAUUAUUAAACGAUCGUUUGGACGCUUUAAUGUCAAUGCAAAACAAUGAACGUAAUGUCGCUGCCAAGAAAGAAAAAGCCGCAAAAACAACUGGUGCAAAGGCUGCCAAUAUGCAAAAGGAAGUUGAUGAUGCCGUUAGAAAAUUAACUGAAGCCACCACUGAAUAUGAAAAGAUCUCUGCCUCUGCUCGUCUUGAACUUACAAAAUUCGAUGAAAAGAGAGCUUAUGAAAUGAAGAGAAUCUUAAACUAUGUCAUUCGUUUAAAUUUAGAUCACUUCUUAAAAUCUUCUGAUUGUUGGAGAGAACUUUUAACUGAACAACACUCAAAUGGUGAUCCAAAUUUCGAUUCUAAAAAUAAAGCUUCUUGGGGUUCAACUUCUAUUUAA